GUCAGCAGAUCUGAAUGCCGGACGCCCAUAUAGGACCACUGGAUAUUGGAUAAACGGUGCUUUAUCUGCUUCUUAGGAGGAUUCUUGGAAUGUUCUUUAUGGAAUAUCAGGAUGAUGCUAAGCUCAGAAGUUUUGUGGAAUAAAGCUUUAACAGACAACAAUAUCAAAGGCCUCAUUGGCUGUUUACGAGACCUCUAUGCUGGAGGUGAAGGAGAUACGAGUGAACGUGUGGUCAGUUUUAACUGCUGGCUUCAGAGAUCAGCAGAACUGGCCAAGAAGGACCUAUUAAUUCUCUGUUUCAGUCAAUGUAAAGGCUUGUGGAUGUGUUUGGAUGAAAAAUCUGUUGCUCUAGUCCAUAAACUGCUCCUCAAACUGAAGAGCCUGCUUUCUCUGGUCCACCUAAUAGAGAAAUACAGUGCCGGUCUGCACUCUGAACAUGUAGGAAGCAGGACUUCAUAUAUAUGGGGCUGUUGGAAACAAGACCAUCAUGCCAUCAUGCAACACAUCCUGCUGGGUCACCUGGUGCAGUGGUGGAGCAUCACAGGACUUCUGCCCAAAUACCCCGAAGCUCAUGAAAUGAAGAAGAUAUCUCAGAUGUGGCGUGAGAUGGACCAGAAACACAGGAGAACAUGUCUGGAGUUGAGUUAUGCUGACGAUAAGUACCGAUGGAGCUCCCUUAUUCAGGGUAUGGUAGCUCAUAUGGACAAACAACACGGGCCUAUAUGGGUUUCAGAAGAUUGUGCCUACCAAACAUACCCACCGCCAUCUCUAUCAGCUUUGUUAAAGCUAGUGCUGCUGCCUAAUAUUGACAUCCUGUCUGUCCAAGCCAUUAUCAUGUACUUUGUCCUGGAUGUGUCUAACUUUCUGCACUGUGAGGAUGAUCUCCUGCAGUCAUUCUGCCAUGUCUUCAGUAUCCCAUUUGCAUUUUCUCAACAGAUCUGUGGAUUCUGGCUUUUAGACCAUGGAUUAGUAACAGACUCAAUGAAUGCCUUAUUGAGCCCAAGAGCUUGUCCUCCAACACUGUCCUGGCACCAUUGUGCUGUUCUGAGGACCUUAUUGAGGACAGGAGAGAAUCGAGCAGCACUGAAGUAUCUGUUGAGCAUCACACCAGCAGUGAAGAACAUUCAUGACAUCAAACUCUGUGUGGAUGUGUUAAUACACAACAAAUGUAUCGCCAAGGCCUGGGCUUUGAUUAGAGGUCUUCAAACUGAAGAUAUUCACCUGUUUGAACACUUCAUUCAUGUCUGUGAGAAUCAUGGGAUUUAUAGUAAUAUUUUGCCCUCUCUGGUAUGGCUCAUCUCCAGCUGA